UAUUUAAAUUUUCGAUUUUUCUUUUUUUGUUGAAAUUCAUGAAUUUAUUUUUUGUUGAAAUUUAUGAAUUUAUAUUUUAUAAUAUUGUUUAUCCCAUCCUUAUCAGAUAUGCAUCAUAUACACACACAUGCACACACACACACACAUACAUACAUACACACACACACACACACAUAUACACAUACACAUACUUACACACAUAUAUACAUAUACACGUACACAUACGUACACACAUAUAUAUACACAUACGUACAUAUACAAAUAAUACACACAUAUAUCCUAUAUGGCCUAUUUCACAUAUUGUUAAAAUCUUAAAUUACACAUAUUAUUUUUAAUAUAAAUAAACUAGAUAAAUUGUUUGAUCACUUUUAAAAUCUAAUUAAU